AUGCCCGGCGACGAAACACUCCAGAAGCACGAUCAAGACUCAGAGUCUGAGGAAGAGGAGGAGGACGAGAUCGAGAACAUACCAGUUGUAGAGAUCGAUCCUACAAAAUUGACACCCUUGUCGCCGGAAGUUAUCUCAAAACAAGCGACGAUAAAUCUUGGUACCAUCGGCCAUGUCGCACACGGAAAGUCGACAGUGGUCAAGGCGAUUUCUGGAGUAAUGACGGUCAGAUUCAAGAACGAGCUCGUCAGAAACAUUACCAUUAAGCUGGGGUACGCGAACGCGAAGAUCUACAAAUGCGAAAACGAAGCCUGCCCGCGACCGGGCUGCUAUCGAUCAUAUCGUUCGGACAAGGAGGAGAGCCCACCAUGCGAGCGCCCUGGAUGUGGGCACCGGAUGAAGCUUAUACGCCAUGUCUCGUUCGUCGACUGCCCAGGACACGACAUUCUGAUGGCUACGAUGUUGAACGGAGCCGCCGUCAUGGACGCUGCCCUACUUCUUAUCGCCGGAAACGAAACAUGCCCGCAACCACAAACGUCCGAGCAUCUUGCCGCCGUCGAAAUCAUGAAGCUCGAGAACAUCAUCAUCUUGCAGAACAAGGUCGAUCUUAUCAAGGAGGCCCAAGCGCUCGAACACCAGAAGAGCAUAUCUGCCUUCGUAAAAGGAACCGUGGCUGAAUCAUCACCCAUCGUUCCCAUUUCUGCCCAACUGCGGUACAACAUCGACGCCGUGAACGAAUACAUCGUCAAGCGGAUCCCGAUCCCCGUGCGGGACUUCCUAUCAGACCCACGGCUGAUCGUCAUCCGUUCAUUCGACGUCAACAAGCCCGGAGCGGAGGUGGACGAGCUCAAGGGAGGCGUUGCUGGCGGGUCCAUCCUCACUGGGGUCCUACGGAUCGGACAAGAGGUCGAGAUACGACCGGGCAUCGUCACAAAGGACAGUGCUGGCCGCAACAAGUGCAAACCCAUCUUCAGCCGGAUUCUAUCCCUCCACGCUGAGAACAACCUGCUCGACUUUGCCGUCCCUGGAGGUCUUAUCGGUGUUGGAACCCGCAUCGACCCGACGCUUUGCAGAGCUGAUCGCUUGGUGGGGCAGGUGCUGGGUGCUGUUGGCAAGCUGCCCAGCAUCUACACAGAACUUGAAAUCAGUCUGUUCCUUCUUCGCCGUCUGCUCGGUGUCAAGACCGAGGACAAGAAGCAGACCAAGGUCACGAAGCUAGUCAAGAACGAGCUGCUCCUCAUCAACAUUGGUUCAACCUCUACUGGUGGCCGCGUCCUUAGCGUCAAAGCUGACCUUGCAAAGAUCCAACUCACAUCUCCGGCAUGCACGGAAGUUGGCGAGAAGGUCGCACUGUCGCGUCGUAUUGAGAAGCAUUGGCGGCUUGUCGGAUGGGGCAGCGUACAGCGUGGAACGGUAUUAGAAGUAGACUAA